GAUAGUCAUGUGAUACAAAUACUAACUCGACGCAGAGAGCUAGAGAGAGGCAGUAUACUGGGAUGGACAGGCUGUUUGGGAAGAGAAAGACUCCGGAGGAGCUGCUUCGGCAGAACCAGCGAGCCUUGAACAAGGUAAUGCGGGAGUUGGACCGGGAGAGGGCCCAGCUGGAGAAACAGGAGAAGAAACUAGUCGGCGACAUCAGGAAGAUGGCCAAGAGCGGGCAGAUGGAGGCGGUGAAGAUCAUGGCCAAGGAUCUGGUGCGAACGCGGAGUUUCGUGAAGCGGUUCAUACUGAUGAGGGCCAACAUCCAGGGCAUCGCGCUCAAGAUUCAGACACUAAAGUCGCAGGCUGCCAUGGCAAAUGCCAUGAAAGGGGUGACAAAAGCCCUGCGCAAUAUGAACAAGAAGAUGAACCUCCCCCAACUCCAGAAGGUCAUGAUGCAGUUUGAGCGAGAGAGCGAGAUCAUGGAUCUCAAGGAAGAGACAAUUUCCGACACCAUCGAUGACGUCAUUGGCGACGACGGUGAAGAGGAGGAGUCAGAGGUCAUAGUCCAACAAGUUCUGGACGAGUUGGGAAUUUCCCUGGACCACGAACUCUCUGAUAUCACGCCUGGUCUCGAGAAACCUCACAUCCAACAGACUCAGGCACAGGCCACGGUCAACAAGACUCGGUUCUAUGGUUACGAUCAACUCGGCCAGUGGGACGAGAAUGCUCGCAUGCCGUAUGUUAUGAGACUGAAGGAAGAAGACCACAAGAAAUGCGUUGAAGAGAAUCGUUGUCCGACCUUUGCACCCGCCCGUGCCGAGAUUGGGUGCAAGAAUGGGGUGGCGGCAGAGUACGAGUGUAGCAAUGUUGAUUUGCAAUCGUUUGUGCCUUAUUAUGACUUGGGAUGUGGUGGUGAUUUGAACGACAUAUGGGGAUGGGCUGACCCUGAGAGUGGAAGGGAGUAUGCGUUGGUUGGUUGUGAUGAUGGAACUUCAUUUGUGGACGUGACAGACCCUAACAAGCCCGGUAUGCUUGGAUUUUUGAGAACUCACACUUCCAGCAGUCUCUGGAGAGACAUCAAGGUCUAUAGCAACUAUGCCUUCAUUGUCAGCGAGGCAGCCGGUCACGGCAUGCAGGUUUUCGACCUCUUGCAACUACGUGAUCUCCAACCAAGUGAGGAGGGCCCAAUUUUUGAACUGAAAGAAACUGGCCACUACAGCGAAAUGGGCAACACCCAUAAUAUUGUGGCUAAUGAAGAAACUGGGUAUAUGUAUGCCGUUGGUACCAGGACUUGCGGCAGCGGGCUCCAUAUAGUUGACGUUCGAGACCCCACCAACCCGACCUUUUCUGGUUGCUACGGCAAUGACGGCUACGUGCACGACGCACAGUGUGUGGUCUACUCCGGGCCGGACAGCACCUACGUCGGGCGCGAGAUUUGCUUCUGUUACAACGAAGAUACUCUGACGAUUGUCGACGUUCAAGACAAAGAGAACAUCGAACUCUUGUCUAGGACUGGAUACAGUGGCUAUCAAUACACCCAUCAGGGAUGGCUGAUAGAGGACCAGACCUAUCUCUUGCUGAACGAUGAAUUGGACGAAUUGAGCGGUUCAAAUCCUCACACACGUUCUAUGAUCUGGAAUGUGGAAGACCUGAAUAAACCCGUUUUGGAAUAUUCGUUUUAUUCCGAGGAGGAAGCUACUGAUCAUAACCUUUAUAUUAAGGAAGGCAUAGCGUAUGAAGCCAACUACUGCGCUGGUCUGAGGGUUUUGGAUGUCACAAAUAUCAAGGAGAGCGACGGUGUUAAGGAGCUCGGUUUCUUCGACCUAUGUCCCGAGUGUGACACGCCCGGUUUCCAUGGCGCCUGGUCGAGCUAUCCCUACUUUGAAAGUGGUAACAUCAUUGUCAGCAGCAUCGAACGAGGGCUGUUUGUCCUGCGUUAUAAUCCGGAAUAACAACAACAAGAAGCCGCCCGGCCAGAACCAAUUUGUGUUUUUUAAUAGGCAGAACAUUUUGACUGUGUGAACUACUAUAUACUACUUAACAUUAACUUCUAUGGUUGUGUUUGUGAAAAAAUGGUUAAUGAUGUCAAUCAAAAAACCAUUCUGUGUCUACGAGGUCAGGUGUGUAACAUACUAAUUACUGAAACCACAGACAAAAAGCUGGUCUCAGUGUGUAUCUAAUUCGCCCCUAGGAUCAUUCAUUCGUUUUUUGAAACUUAAUCAUCAUCAGAUACUACAUAAGUGUGUAUUAAAACGUGUGAACUGAGCUGAACUAUAGCAAUGUGUUGUUGGUAUGGCGUCACAGCUGUAAGCUAGCUAGAGAGACGAUGAGGGGAGAGAGGGGGGAGGAGGGAAGGCGAAGAGGAAGAAGGAGAUGUGGAGAGGGUGGAUAUAAACCUCUGCCCCAAGGACUCUCUGUAGUACGUUGCCAACACACUGCUGUUCGAGGUGUCCUCUGUUGUUGUCACGGUGACCGGUGUCGUCGUGGCGACCGGUGUUGCCAUGGAGGUGGAGAGGGGGGUUGUGGUUUCCUCGGAAACUGCUGGUACGGAAUGAGGGUCGGGGAACGAGGAUCCGUGGGGAGGGGACUCGACUUCACUCGCGGAGGAAGACAGCCCUCCGUUCUCGACC